AUGAAUGAUGAUUUAGAGGAAAAGAAGGAGGAAGGAGAUGAUGAGGAAUUUAUAGAGAUGUUGAUAAGAUGGACGGGGGAGAGUAAGAAGUGGACCAAGGAACAAGAGGAACGCAUUGCGGCAUUUGUGAGCCCCUAUGCGGAGAAGUUGGAUGUGAGCCCCUUGUUAGUUGAGGCAGCAGAAUGUUGUACCCCGGACAGGAGAAAGAAAUGGCAACGUAAGUGGGGAGAGGCGGCGAAGAGAGUUAUGUCUCAUAGACAAUAUGAGAAAACCAGGAAGGGUCAGGCAGCAGGAGUAAUGCCCCUCCGAAGGGUUUAUGACCCACCGGGACCUCCAGGGCCUGGUGGGGCGGAGGCACCACGGACCUACACGGUCCAGCAUAUACCCUUUUCAAGUGCAGAUGUUUGCAAUUGGAGAAAUCAAAAUCCUUCCUUUGAGGAGAAUCCAGCAAAGAUUAUAAAAUUGUUUGAAGGGAUUUUUAAAACCUAUAAUCCCACUUUUGAUGAUGUGCAGUAUUUGAUGGAUGCGCUGUUAACCACAGAAGAAACUAGGCGAAUCCAUGUUGAAGCCCGAGUACACAUGAGAGCACAGGGAACACCGGAGCCAGACAUUAUAACAGGAUACCCUGAUAGUACACCGAAUUGGAAUUAUCAGACUACUGAGGGCCAGAAAACCCUCACUACCUACCGCCAGAAUGUGUUAAAUGGUAUGAGGAGGGCAGCCAGGAAACCCACCAACUUUGUGAAGGUCAGAGAGGUAGUGCAGGGGAAUGAAGAGGCCCCAGGGGCUUACCUGGAACGCCUGAAGGAAGCCUACCGUCAGUAUACUCCUGUAGACCCAGAUGAGGCUGCCAACGCCCUUAUUGUAAAGGCUGCUUUUGUAGCUCAGGCAGCGCCCGAUGUCCGCCGAAAAAUUCAAAAACACGAGGGGUUCUUGGGCCACACCCUUGAGUGGAUGUUAGAACUGGCUCAAACCACUUACAAUCAGAGGGAAGACGAGGAACAAAAGAAAAAGGAGAAGUAUCAAGCAAAGAAGUUGAUGGCGUUGCAGGCUACCGCACCCAUCCCUCAGAAAAGAGGAAGUGCCCGGGGAGGAGGGCAAGGCCGCCUGGGGAGGAAUCAGUGCGCCAUCUGCCGGCAGGAAGGGCACUGGAAAGGAGAAUGCCCACAGGCCCACUUAGGAGGGAGAGGACGAGGAGAACGAGCCCCAGGCCCAAUCCCCAGGGGACCUGGACCGGAACUGAGACCUUGGUCAUCGACAAAUGCUAGCAGGGGUAGAGGACGUGGACAGGGACCUCCCUGGUACCCCUCAGCCCAAAGGCAGCCCGGCAUGAUGAGCCUGAGAGAGGAGGAAGAAUACUAGGACAGACCGGGCCCAGCUGCUUUAGGUUCCCGUGAGCCCAUGGUCAAAAUACAAACAGGGAACCAAACUAUCCCCUUUAUGGUUGACACAGGAGCCGCCCACUCUGUUUUGCCCAUGCCAGUGUCCAAGCCCACCAAGCAAACAAUUAACAUAAUAGGAGCCACCGGGAAAUCACAAAGAGCCCCCUUCUUGCAAUCUGUUGCCUGUCGCCUGGGCGGCCAAGUAGUCCAACACAAGUUUUUGUAUAUACCAGAGUGUCCCAUCCCAUUAUUGGGCCGAGACCUGCUAUCAAAAUUGCAAGCCCAGAUCUCCUUUCAACCGACAGGAGAAGUGACAAUGACUACAGGGCAAACAGGAGAGCUUUCCUUAGAGGUACCCUUAAGGGAACACUGGCGCUUAAUGAUGGUAAAAGAAGAGGAGGGACUAUUCCAGGACCUCCUGCAAGAAGUUAACCCUGGUGUAUGGGCAGAAAGCAACCCACCCGGAAUGGCAAAGAACAUCCCACCUGUAAUAAUUAAGCCCAAGCCGUUUGCUAACCCUGUGGCUGUGAACCAAUACCCUAUCCCCCGGCGAGCUGCAGAAGGAGUAUGGAUACAUUUGGAACGGUUGCUUCGCCAUGGCAUCCUGAGACAGUGUCAAUCUCAGUGGAACACCCCACUCUUGCCGGUAAAGAAGGAGGAUGGCACGUACCGCCCGGUCCAAGACCUCCGAUUGGUCAACCAAGCCGUGGAAACCCUCCACCCCAAUGUGCCCAAUCCUUACACGCUGUUGAGUUUAAUACCUCCUACUGCCUGCUAUUUCACGGUACUGGACUUGAAGGAUGCAUUCUUCUGCUGCCGUCUGGCAGAGGAAAGUCAGCCCCUGUUUGCAUUUCAAUGGAUGGAUCCAGGAACAGGCACCAAGGUGCAAUAUACGUGGACGAGGCUUCCACAAGGUUUCAAGAAUUCUCCAACCCUUUUUGGGGUAGCAUUGGCCUCGGACCUGUCUAGCUUCCCCACCAGCCCACACAGGGUCUUGUUGCAGUACGUAGAUGACCUUCUUUUGGCCUGUUCAGACGAGGACACGUGUAUGAAAGCCACCAAGGAUUUGUUAAAUCACUUGGCUGAAGCAGGAUACCGAGUAUCUAAGAAAAAGGCCCAAAUAUGCCAACCCACUGUAAAAUACCUUGGAUUUGAUAUAUCCCAUCAGCAACGGACCCUUAGAGAAGAAAGGAAGCAAGCCAUUAUCCAGAUUCCAGAGCCAAAGAAUCGCAGAGAACUUCGUGGCUUCUUGGGCUCGGCAGGAUUCUGUAGAAUAUGGAUCCCUGACUUCAGCACAAUUGCCAAGCCUCUGCACGAGUCAACCAGAGGAACUGAGAAGGACCCCUUUGUGUGGGGAGAGGAGCAACGGCAGGCCUUCAAGGAUCUGAAAAGGGCAUUGCAGCAAGCACCAGCGCUGGGUAUCCCAAAUCCUGAGAAGCCUUUUUCCCUGUUUGUGGAUGAGGACCAGGGAACAGCGAAGGGAGUGCUAUGCCAAAAAUUGGGGAGCUGGCAACAACCCGUGGCAUACCUAUCUGAACGCCUGACGCCCACAGAACAAGGUUUACCGCCAUGUAUGAGAGCAGUUGUGGCAGUAGCCACCCUACUGAACAAAGCUGACAAAUUUACUUUUGGCCAAGACACUGUUUGUGUGACUCCGCAUGCAGUCCCAGCACUGCUUGACAUGAAGGGUACCUAUUUCCUCUCCCAAGCGAAGAUGAGAAAGUGUCAGAUGUUAUUGUUGCACCCACGUCUGAAGUUCCAGGUCACCACCGCCCUCAACCCAGCUACCCUGUUGCCGGUAGGAGAAGGUGAGGAGCAGACGCACGAUUGCAUUGAAGUAAUGGACGAAGUAUAUUCCAGCAGGCCUGAUCUCAAAGACGAAGCAGACCCCCACUGGCUUUCAUGGUUUGUGGAUGGAAGCAGCUUUGUCGAGGCUGGACAGCGAAAAGCAGGCUAUGCGGUGGUAGCCCUGGACGACCAGGUGGUCGAAGCAAAGUCACUCCCGCCUGGAACAUCGGCCCAGCUGGCAGAACUAACUGCGCUUACCAGAGCCUUGAGCCUGGCAAAGGGGCAGAAGAUAAACAUCUAUACUGAUUCUAAGUAUGCAUUCCUGACCUUACACGCCCAUGGAGCCUUAUGGAAAGAGAGAGGUUUGCUUACCUCCAGAGGAAACCAGGUGGCCCACCCACAAGCUUUGUUGAACCUUCUGGAUGCUGUAUGGGAACCUGAAGCGGUAGCGGUUAUCCAUUGUUAUGGACACACAACUGGACCAGGGGAAGUGGCCAGAGGAAAUCGUUUGGCAGACAAAGUGGCCAAGGAAGCAGCCCGGGAACUGGCCACAGCUCCGAUCAUUGGAGCACUGAUCCCAGAAGAGAUUUUAAGCACCGCUGACACGCCGGCUUACACAAAACAGGAAAGGGACACUGCAGACGCCCAGGAGUUGACAUUGACCAACGAAGGAUGGUACCUCACACCUGAUGACAGGAUAUGGAUUCCAGAGUCCCUGUCUCGGCAAAUAACUCAGAGAUACCAUGAGUCAACCCACAUGGGGCCAGAUGCUACCACCAAGCAGCUGGCAAAGUGCUUCUAUAUAGCCCACCUUUAUCAACUGGCAGCCCAGGUUUCCAGAAAAUGCCUGCUAUGUCAAAAGAAUAAUCCCAGAACCGGACCACUGGCUCCUCCGGGAGUUCAGCACAGUGGAACUGCACCAAUGGAAGAUCUUGUGGUAGACUUCACUGAAUUACCCCGUUGUGGAUUAUAUCGCUACCUGCUGGUGGCAGUGUGCACCUACACCGGAUGGGUCGAGGCAUGGCCAACAAAGACUGAAAAGGCAAUUGAAGUGACCAGGUGGACCCAGGCUCGCACCCCAUGUGUGUUAACUGAACCGCUCCAUCAGUUCGAGCCAGGUGACGAAGUGUGGGUGAAAGACUGGCAGCGAGCCCCCCUACAGCCCUGCUGGAGGGGACCAUACACCGUGCUACUCUCUACCCCUACUGCUGUGAAGGUUGCCGGCAUCACCCCGUGGGUCCACCAUACUCGAGUGAAGAAAGCCAUUUCGGAUUGGACAGUAACACCAGAUCCAGAGAACUCCCUUCGGCUGACCAUCUCCAGACGCCUGGCGGACGACCGCUCUGCUGAUAUCACACCGGAAGCUGAUAUCUCAACGCACAGCUGA